AUGCAGAUCAUUGAUAGUAAUGUGCUGGACAAAGAGAACGCGGAUCCAAAGGAGGCCCCUUCACCCUCUUUGACGAGCAGAACGAAACGGAACAAAAGCAAAAAGGUGCAGCAGAGGAGAUCGCCGACAAGGUUGAAUUCGGUGAAGCCCUUACAGGUUUGGUCCCCAGUGAAAGAAAGGAAACCAAAAUCCAAAGGUCGAUUGGCGACGCUGACUUUGCAGGAGAUUCAUGCCUGGACGGAAGCGGCGAAACGGCCGACUAGCGGAGAUGGAGAGGCGGCCGCGGGGCAGGCCGGCAGAACCGGGGAGGAAGACAGACCGGUCGACGGCGCCGCUGCUUAG